AUGGACGACCUCAAGCAUCGAGUGGAGCAAGUAGAACGGGAGGCGACACGGAUUUCUCAAGUCAUCCCGCCCCUCGUUUCUAAUGCUCAAUCCUUAAAGGAGAGGGUGGAUGAGUAUCUACGAUUUGACACGCACUUCCUCAGUGCCUGGAGGAACUUGCAGACGAUGAUGACAUCGGUCGAGGAGCUCUAUUUAGCAGAGCAGGCAUCAUCCGACACGUCGUCGUUGGUCGCUAAGUGCAAGCAACAAAGCUUGACUACUGCGCGAGGGUUCAGAAUGGUGCAUGAGACCAUGAAAAACCUUCUGCAUGAUACAAAUACCGUGUCUGUGGAAGCUGUGAAAAUAUCCGCCGAUGGUGAACGCGCCCUGAAGUCCAUCGACAGUGCUAUGAGUAUCGCACAUGUUAUACGCCGUAAUGUAACCGACCUUAAACAAAUUCAGGAGCAGAAACUCUCCGUCGCGCACAAAGCUGUGGAGGACGCGAACGAUGCCGUUGCCAAACUGAAGGAGGUACAAAGCGAUGCAGAGUUGAGGAAGGACGUUCGUGGUGCCAUACGCUGGACUCCCUUCUUCUUAGGUCCUGGUCCUCUAAUCGUCAGCGAGAUCGUUUUUGCCAACGCAAAAAGAGAUCUCGCCAAGGCCAAUGACCAGCUUCGAUCAGCUCAAAGCGAUCGGGAUGAAAACUGUGACAUGUUAGGCGCAGCCCAGUAUCAGCUUGAUCUUAUUCAUGAGCAGCUCUCCAACAUCGACGGCUUGCGAGGACGGGUACAAAAACAAAUAUCCCAUCUUAGCAACUCGAGAAAGCUCAGCAUUCGCCUAAAGAGCGAGGUCUCUUCGGUUAGAAACGCGGCUCUCGAUCUGUCUUUGAUCUUGUCCACCUUCGCGGCCAAGAGCGAGACAUUGGGAGCUAAGUAUUCCGCUAGAGGGUUUGCGGACAAUAUUCGAAACAUCGCCAAAUUUGUUUCCGGAGGAGACAUGAGCAUCAGAGGCACUCCAGGCGAGCCCCCCUCCUAA